CGCCGCCAGCGAGUCCGUCGUGUCGUGCCACCGCUCGCGGAAGUGCGCCGCCGGUUCCUUCUCGACGAUGUCAUCAUCACACCACCAUCAAUUUCAAUAAUAUUUUAAUUAAAAAAAUGAAUUUUAUUCAAAACGCGUUUGUGUGAAAUCAAAGUGUAAUUAACAAGUUGUGAGUGAAUAAAAUUUACAAAAAAUGAAUAAUAAUAAUAAUAAGAAAAACGGUGGUUGGCAACCGAUGGCCAUUUCCAAUCCGUCCACAAAGCUGAGAAACACUCGAAGCAUGCCACAAUGGGUUAAUAAGUCAGGAGGUGGUGUGCCUCCACCACCCAUACCAAAAGAAGUGAAAAACGGCACCGGAAAGAAGCGUAUGGAAGAACCUGAGUAUGAAGUCAUUGAUUUUGGGUCCCAGAAUUAUUCCAACGCGCCUCCACCUUUACCAAGUAAACCACCAGGACAAAAUGGUAAAUCUGAUGGUAAGCAUUGUGAGCUCUGCGGGUCUUCGGUACCAUCUGUACGUUGUGAACAAUGUCAACAAAUCUUCUGUCUUUCAUGCGAUGACAUGUACCAUAGACAUCCGAAGAGAACAACUCACAUCAGACGAGCUUUGGAUUUCCGUCAACAGUCAAGACCGCCUCUUCCCCCAAAAGGUGAACUUGUAGCCCCACCUCCAGUUCCGCCCCCACGCCGCCGUCGUUCCGGUUCAGUCGGCCCGUCACCAUGUCCAUCACCAACACCACAACGCUCCCAGAUGAUGGGAAUGAUGGGAAUCGGAGCGGGCAGCAUGGCGACGCUGCCCAGGAAAGAUUCAUCGAUGAUGAACCAGAAUUGGAAGGAUAAAAUGGGCAGCAGUUUGAAGAAUUUGGUCAAGAGACCUUUACCACCAACACCAAGCAGUGCAGGAAGUGGGUUCAUGAGAGACUUACCAAGUCCAUCCCUCCAACAGAGAUACAAACAACACCAGGAAAUAAUGCGUGGGACUACUCCCAAUUUACCAACGACUGUCUCAAAUGAACCCAAGAACUUUGAUCGGUGGACUAAUAAUGAAGAUAACUGGACACCUGCCAGAGCCAGGGCUGGUAGUGUAGUCGAACCCACUCCUGUUCGAAAAUUCAGCAACAGUUCAAUGCCAGGACACGCCCAUAACCCGGCGCAUAGUUCAUCCGUGUUUGAUCUAAGCAACCCGUCGACACCCGGCUUUCAACCCAUGCACCAGGUACAUUCAAUGGCCCAACUCAACUGUCCCACAUGUACCCAUCACGGUGCUGCGAAUCAAGGACAAUGGGUAGAUCCAUGGAUGCAUCCACAUCAUCAUCAUGGCAGUAAUCUAAGUCUUAAUAUGCCACCCAUGAGCCCGCACUUCCCACCGCCUCCUCACAUGCAUGGAACACCACAAGGUUGGAUGGGUGGGGCAUGGAUGCCGCAUCGUAUGUAUCCUCCACCGCCCAUGAUGCCACACACGCAUUCACGACCAGUUUCACCGACGCAAAGCAUCAAGAGUAGGAAAUCGUACGCGACGAGUAAAAAAUCACGCGGGAAAUACCGCCGUGAAGCUUCGACUUCUUCCGGAAGUGAAUCGGAAGAAGAACGCGAUGAUUCCAUUGACGAACGACGUUCCUCCAUGGGCGAAUCACGACGACGUCAUUCGAAACGAUCACAUCAAUCGGUGCCUAGAGAUUUACAAAGGCGGAAUACCAUUGAAGGAUCAUCACGAGCGAGUGUUGCUAGAAGUGUUACAAGCAGGAAGUCUAAGUCUAAGAUGCGUAGUCCUUCGUUAAGCUCCGAUCCGGAAAUGGAUCUUAAUGAUGAUUCUAUCAAUGAUGACAACUCAAAGAAACAGGGUUGGGAGUGUAAUCACUGCACAUAUUUCAACGAAUCUGAUACAAAAGUAUGCCUGGUGUGUUGUAAGACCAAAGAUCUUCCCCAGGAUACAGAACCUGGCAAUAUCGAAGUGGAAGUCAAAGAAAUUCAACCGAAACUCAACACCAGUGACUUUAGCGAAACAGAAUCUGUUCAGAAUCGUUUGGAAAAGCUCCAGUUGCGUCGCCAAAGCCUCAAAGAACAAGAGAAACUCCUGCUGGAAGAAAAGAAAAAAGAAGAUGAAGUGCAACAAGUAAAUCAAGUGGUACCCGUAUCAACGGCAGAAACAAAAAAAGAGUGCGAUUACAGUGUGGUUAAUAAAAAGAAAUCGUGCGGUGUUGGAACGUCUACAUCCACAACAACUUCAGCGACGGUUACCAACGAAAAGAAAAUGGCUACGACUGGUACCUCUACAGGUACCACCUCAACUGAAGUUGAAACAGAAGUUAAAGAGGUUAAAACAACCGAUUCUGAAGUUCAAGCUAUUGCCGUUGAAACUCAACCUGACAGGGAACGAGUUUUUGUUACAACCAGCACUGGUACAUCCCCACCACCACAGGAAAUAUCCACUCAGACUUAUGAAGAUGUCCCACUUGAAAAUCGUAAAGCACGUAGUAGUGGACGCUCACGAAGGUUCAAACCUACCAGGAGACAUGAAUUACAACGGUCUAAUUCAUUACAUAACACGUUAUCACCCAGUGAUGAAUGGUCACUGCCCCGCACUUUAAGUAAACAUUCUUUAAUGUCAACAGAUGAUUAUCAGAGUUUACCAGGAAGCCCAAGAGAUCAAAGCCCAGAACCAUUUGAAUUUUAUGAACCAAUGCGUUCAUCAAAAACCUCCCCGCAUGGCGGUGGUAGUAUGGGCCAGAGAAGUUAUUAUAGCAUAAUGGAUCUACGACGUCCGGAACUGUAUCAAAAUGGCGGUCAGAAUCGACGCCAAAGCCACGACUAUGGAUACAGGAAUACGCCUCCUAUGCUCACAAGAAAAGAUGAAUACUUUGAUAAAGUAAAGAAUCAAGGUCUGGAACUAGUAAAAUUAUUACGAGAAGCUGAAAUGCAUCGCUAUACAGCUGAUGAGGUCCAAGCUGCUAUGGCCCAUUGUAAGGAUGAGAAUCCUAUCGAUUGGUUGAAGCAGAAUUGGGAUGGUACCAUCACAAGCGUGCAGACUUUAGCUACUCAAUUGGGACGCGAAGGUCCUAUUAAUAUAAUUGGCACUGUUUCGGAGAUUGAGGCAAGGGAUGCGUUGCGGAAACACAAGGGUAAUGUCUGGGAUGCCGUACAUGAAUGCGUCGACCAACGUCAAAGAAAGUAUGGAGAGUUGGCAUCUCGUGGUGACUUUACCCGCGAGGACAUUGUGACGGCUUUGACUGCCCACCAUGGUGAGACAGAACCCGCGUUCUUGGAGCUUUCCAAAAUGCAACUUAAACCGUUUUUAAUGCGCAUUUGGGGACCUCCAUCGGUGGGUACGGAAAACGAGGCUGGUAACGUUGCACCUGUUGCAAUGUUAGCGGAACAGGCAAGGGCGGCCAUUUUGGAAAAUAAGGGGGAAGAGGCUGUAAGUACUGGGGUUGCGAUUGAUAGCAAUGUGCAAGCGGUGAGUACAAAACCCUCUACCUCUACCCAAAAUGUGCAACAGCAACAGCCGGCACUGACUAGCAGUCAAGAUGCUAUUCGUGAUUAUGUGCAAUCUGUUGCACAAACUUAUUUACAACAACAGGGAACUUCCCGGCAAAGCUCUGCAGGUCAAUUUGAUGAAGAACUUAGGCUUCAGCAACAAGCUAUUCAAGAACAACUUUUAAGAGAACAUGAAUUGCAAGUACUACAACAACUUCAACAGAAACAAGAGGAGGAACGUAAAAUAGAAGAACUAAGAAAACAGGAAGGGGAACAAAGACGUCAAGAUGAGUUACGUCGUGUUGAAGAAGAACAAAGACGUCAGGAUGAGUUGCACCGUCUUGAAGAAGAACAAAGACUUCAAAAUGAAAUUGAACGUUUAGAAGCAGAACAGAGGGUUGUUGAAGAACAGAAACGUUUAGAAGAACAAAAACGCUUAGAUGAAGAACUGCGUUUGCAGGAAGAACAACUUCGUUAUUUUGCUGAACAAAAACGUCUUCAGGAAGAGCAAUUACGUUUACAAGAAGAAGAAAGGUUAAAAGCAGAAGAACUAAGACGUCAACAGGAGAUUGAACUAUUGCAAAAAAUACAAUUGGAGGAAGAAAGACUCUUAAAACAAAAAGAACAACAACAGUUACUUAUAAAACAACAACAGCAAGAUCAACAUUUACAAAUGUUACAACAACGAUUACAACAACUAGAACAACAAAGAAUUGAACAAGAACAAGCUCAGAAAGCUUCAGUACCAGAAAUAAUUCCACCUCAGACUGUGGAUAGUCCUUCAACAGUUGUUCAACCUCCGAAAACUGAGGUUUCUAAUAAUAGUUUACAGUUGGAUGCAAUUCAAGCACAAAUACAACAGGAAAUUGAUAUUUUAGCACAAGCUGAAGUUGCUGUUGAGGCUGGUAGUUCUAGUCCUAAAGAAAAGAAAACUAAAACAAAGAAAAAGACAAAAACCACGGCUCCAGUAAAGAAUAUUGAAACACCAGAAAGUGUACAAUUACCAACACCUGUUGUUGUAGAUCAUAAUGAGUCGCCUACCCUUUCCGUUCUUCCUGAAGUUCUUCCUUCUUCAACUGCGGUGCAGAAUCUAAGCGAAUUCGUCUCGCCGGUUUUGGAUACGAGCACCGCCUUGGACUUCGACGUAAGUACAUCUAUCCUACCAUCUUCUGCUUCUGCGUCCACAUCAUUAUCUUCUUCAUUCGAUCAACCCCAAUCAUUGCCUUCACAGCAAUCAAACGCAAACGGUAACACAACUGACUUAAAUCACGAGACACAUAGUAAUCAAAAGAAGGAUCCAAAAGAAACAGUGAGCAAUGAAGAAGCACGCAGUGAAUGUUUGGAAAAGAGUAGUACUGUAAUUCGGGUAUCUACCAAGGGUAAUAUGGUGUUCCAACCCAAAGCGGAAAACGAAGCAGAUCCAGAGAGUGAACGUGAUACCAGUGAAAGUGAAGAGGUUUCCGAAAGUGAAACGUCUGAGUCGUCAAGUUCUGAAACUGAGGAACAAUUUGUUGAUGCUCAUGAUUCGUCUCCUACGGAUAGCAAAGAUUUGAAUCAGAAGAAGCAUGGUAACAAUGAAAACACUAAAGUUAGCACUUCAAAUAUUAUUCUUAAUCAAAACGAAACAAAACCAGAAAGACAUGAGAUUGUAAUGCAUGUUUCAGAAUUAAGCAAAGAAAACAAAGCCCAGAUUGAGGACGUACCGCGGGUUCUCCCAGAAAGGGCUACUUAUCACGCGGAAUAUAGAGAAGAUUUAUUGGAGAUUGAAGAGACUUUGGAUAUAAAUGAUUUUAAUACUAAAAAUAUAGAAGAAAAUACCAAUUUUGAAGAAACUGAAGAAGUUGUUUUUGAUAAAGUGGACAUUUUGAUUCCUUACGUUCAAGAUGACAGCACGGUUCAUAGAGUAAUGAAACCAAAUGAAGAGAGUGCUCAGGUUUCAGAAUCUGAAGUUUUGGAGAUUCCAACGGGAAGUGUAGAAGUUGUUGAGUCUGAUGUUGUUGAAGCUGAUAGACAUUUUGAAGCUCCUGGUACUUCGGCAUCGGGUGUUGAAAACAAAGAAAUAAAAACUGAAUUAGAAAACGAAGAAACCGGAAGUUUACCUUUGGCUAUUGACAAUCAAAGUAAAACAGGAAAUAAUUCUAUGUCCAAGGUUAAAAAGGGCAAAAAGACCAAAAAAGGCAAAGUUGAAGCAAAACCUGCGCCAGUUCAAGAAGUAAUUCAAAGUUCAGAACCAAUUGUAGAACAACCUGAAGUUAGACCUGAAGAAUCAGUUGUUGUUGUAGUAACGCCUGAAGUUUUAGAACCACAACCUGAAAAUUUGGCCCACGAAGAACAAAUAACUACAAAUAUACUUGCCACAGUCCCUGAAGAGGUCUCUGAGCAAGUCCCCGAGGAACCAGCUUCUACAAAUCAACCUCUGAUUAUAUCAGAAGAAGUACAACAAGCUCCACUAGAAGAUUCUAACACUCUUGAACAAGUUUCUACUGUAGUUCCCAAUGAUCAACCUUCGGCAACCAGUCAACCUGAAAAUAUAAACCAAAAUGACUCAAAACCAAAGAAGAAACUUAAAAAGGUAAAAGCAAAAGCACCAGGUAUACCAAAAGUAAUUCAAAAACCACCCACAACUGAAAAUGUAGAAUCUAUUUUACCAGAAUCUGAACAACCGUCACUGGAAUCCAUAGACCUACCAAAAGUGUCAACCACAGUCCAAAUGGCCCAAAAUAGUCAAUGCAGUAUUCCAUCAACCGAACCUGCCAGUCCAUCUUUGACAAGAAAACCAUCAAGGAUUCCUAUAUCAAGACAAAUGUCUUUGAAGAGUGAUCCAAGCACAAGCAAAUCUCCUUCACUUUCUCCAACUAAACAACAAUCACCAACAAAGGAAAUUAAACCAAAACCAGCAGUACCACAACAAGCUACAACUACUAAAUCGAGUAAUCAAAGUGUUAAACCAACAGUUGAAAACAAUAAAAAAGAAAAAGUUGAAAAGAAAACCUCAAAUGAAGAAAAACUAGAUGUACAAGCUUUAGAAUCUCAAAGGAUGUCUCCAGCAAUCACUUCUUCAUCAGCUGAAGAUGACCAACAUCACGAACCACCACCAGCCGCUCCCAAAAGUAAACAAACAACACUCAUGAAUAAAGCAAGAAAGUUUGUACAAGUUGCGAAAGAUCUUCUUCACGUAUCAUCUUCAUCGUCAUCAUUUGAAGAAGAAGAAGAAGAACACAAACCACAAUCUUCAAAAAUAAGUCCCAUUGUAAAAGAAGACAGUAAUGAUAACAACUUUUUAAAAGAACCUUCUCCAAUCAAAGCAAUGAAGAAAGUGAAUUCUUUGGAUUCGAAUGCCAGUUCAACCAAACAACAAUCAUAUACAAAAUCCCUUGAUAACGAUAGUGAUUCUUCAGUGUCAGAAAGCAAUCUGGAUGAAUUAAUCUCAGACUCAGAUAUUGACUCAAACAGUGAUGAAUACAUCGAAGAACAAAGAGAUAUCAUGGAUGCAAAAUUACAAGAACUGGCGGAUAAAAUGGAUCGCCUCACAGAAGAAAUCAUUGUCGGACAAUUAGAAUUAUUAGAAUCUGAUGAAGGUAGUGAUGACGAAUCGGAAUAUGACGAUGAUGAAUCACCUGAAGAUCACACCUCAGAAGAAGAUAGUGAUGAAGGUGCUAUACCCCAAAAUCAACACUUUCAAGUGUUAAACGAAGAAAACGAAGUUUCUGAGUCUGAUAGCGAUGAGCAAAUUGAACCAGUUGAUUCUAAGCUUAUUUUUACUGAACAACUCACCACGGACUUGAAUGUAGAAAUCAAACAACCGACUGACUUGGAAGUCAUGGAGAGACAGGCACGUCGUUUACUUGCUGAAGGACAAGUGGAAAGUUAUCAACAAGCUGAACUUGCUGUUAGUUUAAUUUCUUUGAAGUUUACUGCUGAAGAAGCUUUGGAAGCUGUCAAAGAUUGUCAUACAUUAGACGCGGCUGUUGCAUUUUUACAACAAGAGUGUGAAUUAUGCGCGGGGAAAUACGCCAUGAAUAAGAUGGUGACCAUGCUCCGGUGUACACACACAUGUUGUCGUGAAUGCGCUCAGAAUUACUUCACAAUUCAGAUCACAGAUCGUAAUAUCAUGGAAUGCAUUUGUCCAUUUUGUAAACACCCGGAACUCUACAGCAUUGACAUCAGUGAAGAUGAUGUAUCAGAUUAUUUUGCAAACUUAGACAUUCUUCUCAAGGGAAUCUUAUCUGAGGAUGUCCACGAACUGUUUCAACGUAAAUUAAGAGAUAGAACUUUAAUGCAAGAUCCAAAUUUUAAGUGGUGUGUGCAGUGUUCAAGCGGAUUUAUAGCAAAUCCACGCCAAAAACGUUUGGUUUGUCCGGAUUGUAGAAGUGUGACUUGCGCACACUGUCGUAGACCAUGGGAAAAACAACACGAGGGUAUUACUUGUGAGCGUUUUUCCGAAUGGAAGGAAGCUAAUGAUCCUGAUAAGUCACAAUCAGCGGUUGUGAAGCAUCUAGCUGAGAAUGGUAUAUCUUGCCCGAAGUGUAACUUCCGGUUUUCGUUGGCGCGCGGAGGUUGUAUGCAUUUCACAUGUACGCAAUGUAAACAUGAGUUUUGUUACGGUUGCUACAAACCGUUCACAAUGGGUGCAAAAUGCGGUGUCAGCGAUUAUUGUGCCAAGUUGGGACUUCACGCUCAUCAUCCAAGAAACUGCCUGUUUUAUUUAAGAGAUAAAGAGCCUGGUGAACUGGAACAUUUAUUAGUUGUAGCUAAAGUUAAGUUUGAUAAAACUGGCCCAGCAGAUAAUGAAGAUAACGCUUCCGCCUUACCAAAAUGCCCAAUUCAACUACAAAAAGAAACCCCUGCUGGUUUAAUUGAUGCCGUGUGCAGUGGAGAAGUUGUCAAAGGAAAUGCCGGACUUUGCAGGCUGCACUACAUCGAGUAUUUAGUCGGGCUGAUUGGCAAGCACAAAGUGGAUCCCAUUAGCAUUCUGGACCUGGUGGAGGUCACCCAGGAGCUGCGGCGUCGCGGCCGAGCGAUUGCUGACCGACCAGCGGGCCACUCCGAGUAUCAGUAUCGCGUAAUGCUCUCGAAGAUUGUCGUGGAGCAGAUACCGUUAGAUUAAUUAUGGGAAUGAUGGAUGACCUUUAGUGGAACUUUGCAGUUCGUCCCCUUCAACACGUUCUUAUUAAAGUAUUCAACGUUUAAUGUUCACUGUAAUAAAUAAUAUAUACUAUCCGAAAUCGUUAUGUUAUGUAAAGUUGUUUUUCAUUAUUAAUAAAUUUUGGCUUUAAUUUUUGAA